AUGGCACUUCCCGAACUGGAAGACCAUUUGGCAACACAUGGCGUGGACCCAGCGUUGAGUAAUCAUAUGGUACAGAAUGGAUGGACAACCCAAAACUUCUCAGUUAUUGUGGACUCCAUUUCUGGUUUUACCGAUGAGAUAUGGACGGAGUUAUCAGAAAGCCCCAUUUCGCUAGUGCAGCGUUCCAACCUGAAAAUAGCAUGGCAACAACUUCAACCGGCAGCUGUGCUACCGGGGCGUGAGUUGCAAACUGGUGCGGCGGCAUCAGCAGCGGGUGUCCCGCAAGAAGGCUCGUGGGCAGAAUCCUUUGCCCCAAAAAUUCAACCGAGUACAGUUGCCAAGCUCAAAAAGCAAUUCCUGGUGGAUUACCCAAGUGAAGUUCUUACGCCGGAGACGAUGCCAUCCACGCGUUUGCUGUCCCUUGCCCAUCAUCAGCAUGGCAAGCAAGAAUAUCGAUGGAUCCCGUGGAAAUUUCGGAUGACACAAGCCAGGCUGGAAGACAUGGUUAUAUACCAACGUCCUAAGGUUCCCAAAAUCGAAGGUCUUCAACUACAUCAGCUGAUUUGGGAUGAGCCCCCAUCCCUUGACAUCAACAAUCAAGGGAUGGGGGUCAACGCCAUUAGGAAUAUGCUGGAUGUUCAUAACAUAGCACUUGCUUUGGUGGGUUCCUGCCAUCUCCAACGACUCCGUGCAUAUUCAUUGAAAUUCAUGAGCUACAUGAUCCAACGCCUCGAAGGGGAUUCAGGUCUUCGUCUACCCAAUGUGCUCGAAGCCCAAGCUGCUGAUAAAGCCUUGUGGCAACUGAUUCACGAUUUGGUUUUGGAUCAACAGUUCACUUUGGACAAUGCAAUCCACGAAGUGACCCAUUUGCGUUCGGACAUGGCAUCCUUGCUCCAGCCUCGACCGAAGGACCAGCAAGAGCAGUUUCACUAUGAUGUAGAACCCACUCCAUUGCAGGUGGCCAUCGGCCAAGCUGGAGCCAUUCACCCCUUGAUUCGGCUGCUGGAAGACAACGAGCAGAGGAUCCGAGUGGUGGCUGCAGCUGUGUUGAACGACUUGGCUUCAGACAAUCCGGACAACCAGGUGGCGAUUACCCAAGGAGGUGCCAUCGAUCCAUUGGUCCGCAUCUUGAAACGCGAUGAGGCACCCGCCCUAGUCAUGGCCGCCAGCCUUUUGAAGAGCUUGGCGGCAGGUGCUGCAGCGGAGCAGGACUCAGCGCCCUCCGCGUUGCUGGGCGCUGUCCCUCCCUUGGUGGCGCUGCUGCGUGGCAAGACGCUGCUGGCGCAAGAGCAGGCGGCCUCAACCCUGGGCGCCUUAGCAGCUCAUUCCCCGCCCAUUCAGGCAGCUAUCGUGCGUGCCGGGGCGGUUUCGCCCCUAGUGGAACGACUGCAUGGCGACAUGAUGAAGGGCACUGCCAUCGUGGCGUUGCGCAACCUGGCCACGUCGCAUGCGGAGAACCAACAGGCCAUUGCUGAGGCCGGAGCCAUCCUGCCCCUGGUGAAGCUUUUGGAAGAUGCCAUGCCCAUGGUACGUGAAGAAGCUGCUGAAGCCUUGUGGACUCUGGCACAGGACAACCUGGAGAAUCAACUGGCCAUCAUUCGCGCUGGUGGUUCAGCGUCCAUGGUGGCACUCCUCAAGGGAGAUUCACAGGAGCAGGCCACCUUGGCACUGCUUGGUGUGGCCGAAGCAGUGAGGAAUGGCGCCUGAGGGUGGCACCGCGCCGCAGCGUUUAACCAAGCAAUUUGUCGCGUUUUUACCACCAAGCCGGAGGAAGUUGAAGGG